AUGAGCACAUUCUCGUCGCCAAAAGGCGAAAGGUACGAAAUGGACAAUGACAACACAGGACCCAAGCCCAAACGACAAAAACUUACAGAUUCGGUGCACUCUUCGAUGAGUCCCGCAUCACAAGGGGUAACCACAGGCAACAAACCGCUGCAACUGGCGACUGCAAACCAUAGACCUGUGACGUCGUGUAGUCAUUGCAGACAACAUAAGAUCAAAUGCGACGCCAACCAGAGUUUCCCGGCGCCGUGCUCUAGGUGCCGAAAAUAUCAACUACAUUGCGAGAUCGAUCCGCAGUUCAAACCGCAGAAGGGAUCCCAGAUCCACGUUAUGAUGAAGGACAUAGACGACUUGAAGGUGAAAGUGGAAUCCCUUUUGGGUAAUCAAGUAGUGCUUGCUAAUUCACUGAAACAGAGCGAUGCUGGUCAAGAAAUACUGUCAAAAUUACAGAUGUUGGAUCCUACGAGUUUCCGAGAUUCACAUAAGAAAAUGAUCAUCAAAAAUGAUCCUAACGAUUUAGAGUCCGCCAAGAACAUCGCACCCAAUGAGGAUCAAAGUACAUCGACGGCUGAAAGGAACUCGCAGAGCGGGAAAAUAUCCGUCCAAACGUAUCUGGCUAGCGAACCGAAUUUGCUCCAAACGCAGAGAAAUCUCUUACAGGGGGCGAGUGUAGGCGUACGAGAUAGCGGAAACCCCGCAUCUUUGCCGACCCUUCUCAACGAUUCUGCUCCAUUGAACGUUUCAAAUGAAAAGCUACCAGUAGCACUGAAAAUGGCACUGAAGACCAACUACGGUCCCCAACCUAGAGCUGCAACCCGUGAGGGUACACCGUUAAAUCUCGUGGAGAUUUCAAACAACGAGGCGACGCUUGGUCACGAGAGAGUUUCCCCUGGCCCAAAUACAGGCAAACGCCCUAAUAUUGUAACCACUACCACAACACAGCCGCUGCCGUCGCCGCACGAAAUUAACUUGGAGAACAUUGAUGAAUUUGUUAUUGGCGAUGUGCGCAUCCCUAUAGACCAGGCCAAUGAACUGCACUCGGUGUUUGUCAGGGACUACCUUCCAUUUCUCCCCAUCAUGUUCACCAACUCAGCUACGGAAUUAUACUCACAGUCGCAGUUAUUAUUCUGGACAGUGAUGCUAACAGCCUGUCUUUCAGAUUCAGAACCAUCCCUCUACGUAAAGCUGAGUUCGUUGAUUAAGCAGCUGGCGGUGGAGACGUGUUGGAUUCGGACACCUAGAUCGACACAUAUAUCGCAAGCGUUGCUUGUCUUGAGCAUGUGGCCACUUCCCAACCAGAAGGUGUUGGAUGACUGCUCCUACAGAUUUGUCAAUCUCGCGAAAUCGCUCUCGUAUCAGCUGGGUCUUCAUAGAGGGGAAUUUAUUUGGGAAUUCACCAGGACACAGACUUCCAUGCCCAAUGCAGAAAAAUGGAGAACGCGGACAUGGCUCGGUGUGUACUUCGCCGAGAUAUGUUGGGCUAGCAUUCUGGGACUACCACCGACAUCCCAGGUUGACUACUUGGUAGAGACUGCAAGGUCGAGCGAAGUUGAGACCUCUGAACAUAAUGCAGCCAUCACGGAAAGCGAAGAGACAGGUGUUCAACCCAUAAAAACUAAACUUCCAUUGAGGUUCAAAAAAAUGAUCUCUUUAGCCACUUACCAGUUGAAACUCUGUAAUGUGAUGGGUUCCAGUGUCAGUAGUCCUGAUGGUCUGGUAGAGCCCAAGGAUCGUGCGGGGUCGUUAUCUAUCCUAGAAAGGGAGUUAGAGAGAUUGAAUAAAGAACAAGAUUACGAAAGCGACAUAGCGGUCCAUAUUUACUACCUCUACGUCAGGUUAAUGGUAUGCUGUUUUGCAUUUUUGCCAGGCACUCCGAUUGAGGACCAAUCGCACUAUGUCACCGAGGCGUACUUUUGUGCGACUAAAACUGUAACACUACUGAAUGUUCUUUUGGAGACUAAAUCGUUGAUCUCUUUACCCAUUUAUCUCCGCCAAAGUGUAUCCUUCGCGGCACUCAUCUUAUUCAAGUUACAGCUGAACCCGUUGAUGAUAAACAGAUACUUGAACUCAACAAGACAGUCUAUAGUAACAGUGCACAGGUUGUUCAGAAACCAACUGACUGCUUGGGCAACGGGUGUCGAAAACGAUAUCUCCAGGACGGCUACCAUGUUAGAGAAGUUGAACAUGGUUUUGAUCACUCACCCCGAAGUCUUUACAGAGGAGGUUGGUAUAAUUUCGAGAAUCAGGUCGCAUCUGACAGGAUCUCUGUUUUAUGACCUUGUGUGGUGCGUACAUGAGGCAAGGCGAAGAGAAACGGACCCGAACUACAAGAAAGUUGAGGGAACGGAUAAUGAUGAUGAAACGUCCCAACGUAAUAAGAUUUUCCCGCUGCCCCUGUAUACCCAUAUUUUAAGGGAGGACUUCCGCACUGUGACGCAAACCACGCCCAACGGUACCACGGUGACCACAUUAGUGCCGACUGAAAAUGCUUUAGAGCAAUCUGAGGAGAGCGGCAAAGUUCACAAGAACUCAGACGGGACAAUAGCCGCUAUCAAUGGUAUCCCGUUGUCCAUGUUGGAUGAGACCGGGAGUGUGAGAUUUGACAAUUCGCUAUCCAAUUCUGAUGUAAGUGGGUUCAUAGACAAUACUGGUGGUGGAGUGUCCACGUCGAAGACAAAAUCAAACAACGGCCAGCCAGUUUGGAACUCUGGGCCUGAUUUUGGUAAUCAACCAAACAUUCCUGGUGCGAAGUUCAGUGCCAAUGCGAUGAAGACUCAGCAGAAUCCGGAACCCAUCAUAUCGCCUGCAGUGAGACGGCUAGGUAAGUCGCAGUCCCUAUUUGCACCGAACACUGUGGCCAAUAACCGGCUGGUAAAUAGGGUGGGGGUAUCAUCCUCGUUAUCGCAGCCUUCGCCCGCUAACAACGCAUCCAACGACGUCAAGAACAGUGCUUUCAACUCUUUGUUGGGGCCCAUGGGAACAAGUUUUUCCAAUCUGAAUAGCCUUCUCGGGAGUAAAUCGCACCCUUCGACGCCAAAGGCCUCAGGAUCUACGAUUACACAGAACGCAAAGUCGAAAAUGGACGACGAUGCUAACCAUUUGAACACAUUCUUUCAACAACAAGGUCUUGGGUGGACUGAAGGUAACUUGAACACGGAUGAUUUAUUCGGCUGGUUCGACAACGUGAACACACAACCAGAAUUUUAA